CUUCCGGCAGUUGAGCUCGUUGAGGGACUGCCCUCACCUUUUUGCGCCGCCGGCCGGGGAGGCUGUGGUUGGGAAUUGAGAGGAAGGCCAUUGACCAGCCCCUUCCUUCAGACAUAAUACAUCAUCCAGACCCACCUUUCUGCAUCAGGAAAGAGACCUCCUUAGCCCCAUUUUACAGCUCCAGAGUCUCAGAUAUGAACCUCCUUCAGUUCCUGGUGUCCUUCUUUGUCCUGUUGUUUGGCACAGAAAUUACAGGCACCCUAAAGACCACCCUGGACCCGAGCCUCAAGAUUUACAAGAAGAUGUUUGAGGUGAAGCGGCGGGAACAGUUGUUGGCACUGAAGAACCUGGCGCAGUUGAAUGACAUUCACCAGCAGUACAAGAUCCUUGAUGUCAUGCUUAAGGGACUCUUUAAGGUGCUGGAGGACUCCAGGACAGUGCUCACUGCUGCCGAUGUGCUCCCAGAUGGGCCCUUCCCCCAGGACGAGAAGCUGAAGGAUGCUUUCUCCCACGUGGUAGAGAACACAGCAUUCUUUGGUGAUGUGGUUCUGCGCUUCCCAAAGAUAGUACACCACUACUUUGACCAUAAUUCCAACUGGAACCUCCUCAUCCGGUGGGGCAUCAGCUUCUGCAAUCAGACAGGUGUCUUUGACCAGGGGCCCCACUCACCCAUCCUCAACCUGAUGGCCCAGGAGCUGGGGAUCAGUGAGAAAGACUCUGACUUCCAGAACCCAUUUAAAAUAGACCGGACAGAGUUCAUUCCUAGCACUGACCCUUUCCAGAAGGCCUUGAGGGAAGAAGAAAAACGCCGGAAGAAGGAGGAGAAGCGGAAAGAGAUCCGGAAAGGCCCAAGAAUCUCAAGAUCCCAGUCUGAGUUGUAGCCCUGGAGCAGUUUGGGGCCUAAGAGAUCAGCAAGAGGCCAGCCAAAAGUCAGAAGAGGCACAACCAUGUGGCUGUGGUGUAGCAGCACCAAGCACCAUGGUGAGCACCAGCCACUUCCAGAUGGGGACUCUGUUUGCUGGGUUCUCUGGAGCUGUGUCUGAACCUUGGCCAAAAAGACUGAGCUUCUGGGGUCUUAGGGCACACCAAGGGAGCCUUGAGAGGACACUGUUCUGCAGACAGGACCUUGCAGGGAAGCUGUUGGGGAGGCUGGCUGAAGGGGCUCCUGGUCCGGAUCCUCUUGGUAAGUGAGGGCUGCAGACUGGCUGCUGCCCUUUGUGAGGAAGCAGCAGAACCUGGCUCUGAAGAUGCCAUACUUGCAGCUGGCUUCGCCAGCAAAUUCAUUGGCAUCACCAAGGCUGAUGAGGAGGCUGUAAGGGCACUAGUAGCUUUUAAAAAUGUCAGGACCAGCCUGGAUAUGCUUCUGCUUCAUCAGGAGGGAGCCCCAAGCCUUUGCAUUGCACAGAAGCAAGAGCCAGGUUUAGACUUCUUCUUCAGUCACUGCUGCCCUUCAUGAGGGAUCAGUUUGGAAAGGGGACCCAAAAAGUGUCCUGGGAGGGUGUUUAUUUCAAGGAGACCUUAAAAGAACAUGAUCUCUGUUCUCAGAUAACUGGGGACAGUCAUUGAGUUGGUUCAGGGGACAAACAACUUGUUGUCUCUGCUGCUAAAAGAUACUGCCUCUGUGUGGGGAGCGGCUGUAGGGGACAGGUUACAGGAGGCUGUGCUUUGUAAUGGGGCUACUGUGAGCUGGAUUGAUCAGACAGUGGGCUUCCUAGUUCGAGGUUAAAGCAGAGUCCCAUGGCCAUAGGCAGAAAGCUGUGGAAGGAGUUAAGCCCUCAGAGGGCACCCUGAUUUCCAUGAAUCCCAAGGUAGGUGGCUGCCUUGGCUCUGUUGAAAUUAAAAGUUCCACCUCUUUGAUCUUGCCAAGCCAAAAUGUAUCUCUUAAAGGCAUGGAGACACCCAUCAUCCCAGCAUCUUCCCCAGGUAUUCUCCUACCUCCAAGUCCACUCUUCCUCUUACUGACGGUGCUCGUGAGACCUCAGUCUUAGCCUGACUGACCCUGGCCUACUCUCUCCCUUCCCUGUGCUGUGCCUUCAUUGGUAAAAUAAAUUUGAUGAUGUCUGAA